GCAACACUGUCAGAAACGUUUUUAACUUUUCUGAAAACCAUGCUAAAGUGCCGUCUCUGUCCGGUGCAGCGACUUUCUUUUCUUACUCGAAAGCGCAAACCAGCCGCUGUCUCUCCCACAGCGUCAAUUUGAGUGGAGAAGCGCGAGGCGAGUGCGUGGGCGGGAAUCGUCGCGGCGCCGCGGAUAUUUCGAGGAGGAAGAUGAAGUCCAAGAACUAUUUUUAAAUUCGACAGACCGACAGCUUGGCUACUCUCGUGGUGCCUUUUUCGUCCGAAAAACUCGCCUUUCUCUCGACGCUCUGCGCUCUGCGCUGCAUGGUGUACUUACACUUGGACUUCCAGAGAAAAAGGAUCGACCUCGCUUAUAAAGCCUUGAAAAUGUGCAAGUGCGAUGAAGCAUCCGUGGACAGGGAGGCUCCCGAAGAGGAGCAGGGGAUGGAUGCAGAGAAUCACUUCAACUUGCCGACGAUGGCGGAACUCGAGGCUGCGAUGUGCAGCCCCGAGACGAGCAUCGUGAGGAAAAUGGCGCAUCUGUUUUCCAUCAAAAAACAUGGAGGCGCAGGCGCCAUGAACUUGAUCCUCGAAUCUCUCAACCACGAUGAAGGAUCUAUCCUCUUCAGACACGAGGCGACUUACGUGCUCGGGCAGCUGGGGUGUCAGGAUGCAGGAGAGCCGCUGUUGAAGAUUUUGAAAGAUACGAGUGAAAACGAAAUGGUUCGCCAUGAAGCUGCCGAAGCGUUGAGCGCCCUGGGCUACGAGAGUUCGCUCCCCGUUCUGCAGGACGUCGCGGCGGAUCCGUCGGCGCCUUUGACGGUGCGGCAGACUUGCGAGUUGUCGAUUCACUCUUUGCUGUCGAAGAUCCAGGGCAAGGCGCCUGCCGGAGACGGCGCUGCGAGCGCUCCUGCGCCUGCCUCAGUCGACGCGACGGACCAGCCAUGGUGGCUGCGCGAGGACAACGCGUACCGCGACCGCCAGUUCAACACCGUGGAUCCCUCCGAGCCGUAUCCGAACUGCACUCCCGCCGAUGUGCCUUGGCUGAGUGCACAGCUCUUGAACGACGAGGAGAGCCUGUGGAACCGCUACCGCGCCAUGACUACACUGCGCAAUCUGAACUCCCCAAAGGCGACGGCGAUGCUGGCGCUCGUGCUCUCCCGCGACUCCUCGUCUGCCAUUCUCCGCCAUGAAAUUGCCUUCGUUCUCGGUCAGCUGCGCAUCCCCUCGGCCUCUGCAGGCGACGCAGCGGUCCAGGGUGACGCGCCUGCGCCUGCUCCUGAGCACGACGGCGCAGCGAACGCGCCUCCGCAGUACAGGGAGACUCCCGAGUUCUUGAAGGAACAGUUGAAGGUCGAACACAGCGAAGCGACCGCCGCGCGCGCAACGUUCGCUGCGCUCGCGCAGUGCCUCGAAAACGCCAGGGAACAUCCCAUGGCGCGUCACGAAGCUGCCCUCGCUCUUGGGUCGCUCGGCGCCUCCGCCGGAGCUGCGGAGACGCGGUGGGAAGACGGCGCAACCAGCGUCCAGGACACAGUCAUUCGACUCCUGCAAACGUACGCCAACGACCCCGACCGUGUGGUGCGAGAGAGCUGUCUAGUCGGUCUGGACAGCAUGCAAGAAGAACUGGGCCUCGAGCUCGGCGUCUGCUGAUGGCUUCCGUUCUCGACUUUAGCUUUCCACGCAGGCUGCUGCCUUUGUCCCCGCCGCUUUGUUGCUGACCUCAGACGCAAGGUGGAGGCGAUCGCUUUCUUGCUUGUCUGUCGCGGGAUACGUUUCGUCGCUGCUUCUCUGGAACAGCGCCAGAUUUUUCGACUUUUUUCGGCCUGUCGCCGACACGGACGGCGACCUCGAGAGCAGCGCAUGCAGUCUGCAUUGGCGUCUCCUGUUGGCUGGAGAGAUGUUGGACUGCAUCUUGGUUCUCCACGCGUCGAAGCCGCGAGGAGGCCAGCAAACGAAAGGACGACGCCCGCAUCAGACACUCGAUGUUUUCAGAGGUGCAUGCAAGAGACUGACACAGUCUUUUUCGUCCACGAUGGGGAGCAGGACAUCACACAGAAACAACGCUCUGGUCCACCACGAAACGCUCUGUUCUGGAGUGUGCAAUGUACGCGGAGACAUCGCAGUGCGCUGUUUCGAAGCGCGGUGCAUGCAGAAGGUAUCUUGUCGACGAGUGAGCAGCCGGAACACUCUUGGGGACGUAGCGUCGGUGGGUUGCUCGUCGUGUGACUCAUUUUCGUUUCGCCAUCUUCUGGCUCGUCCUCUUUUCCUCUCCUCUUCACAAAUCGUUUUUGCUGCACAUUUGUCCGUCUUGUUCUCGAAAGAAGAUGUGCAAAGUGAUCAACGGAAAUCUAUCACAUUCAGGUGUAAAUACAUUCUUUCGGAUGCACUGUACACCUCAGCCUCUCGCUCUUCAGGAGAUUCGGACUGGGAACUUGUGUCGCGCAUGCAGGCGCGCCGGUCUGCAGAGGCGGCGAAUUUCGCUCUUGAGGAGGGAG